GAUACACCAAGCUUCACUCCGGAUUCUUUCUGCUAAGACUGUGAAGUUCAUGAUGAGUGCAAGUUCAACACUUUAUACGAAUGGUUUUAUUCAUUCUUCAUCGAGGAUCUUCUUUCCAGGAGAGGCUCUUUAUAUUUGACACGGAGUUCAUUUUUAAACGAGGGAUUUCACAUUAAACAGCUCACUGGAUUCAAGUGGAAUGGUCAAGGUAGAAAGCGUGCAGGUGUGGUGGUUUCACCUAUUUCUGUGCUUCCUCUCACUGAGGAAAACAUUGAAAUGGUUCUGGAUGAAGUGAGACCUGGCUUAAUGGCUGACGGAGGGAAUGUGGCUCUGCAUGAGAUUGAUGGCCUUGUUGUUGUGCUAAAGCUACACGGAGCUUGUGGCUCCUGCCCGAGUUCUGCAUUGACAUUGAAGAUGGGGAUCGAAACCCGCCUUCGCGAUAAAAUCCCAGAAAUUGAAGCUGUUGAGCAGAUUCAGGACGCCGAGAUUGGCCUCGAGCUGAAUGAGGAAAAUAUUGAGAAGCUCCUUGCAGAGAUCAGACCGUAUUUGGUUGGUGCAGGCGGCGGAGAGUUGGAACUCGUGCAGAUCGAAGAGUACGUUGUCACGGUCCGCCUUCGUGGGCCCGCAUCCACCGUGAUGACGGUGCGCGUCGCUCUAACACAAAAGUUAAGGGAUGCAAUACCCGCAAUCGCUUCUGUUCGAUUGAUAGACUGAAGAAGGGUAAUUUCCUAAAAACACCCUCUAUAACAUGAGAGUUUUCACGUAUAGCCCACUUUGAGAAAGUAUUCUAUUCUUGGUCCUCUAUAUCUGGAAAGUAUUUCAUAAUAAGUCCUUUGAGGACGUAUCCGUGGUCCUCUAUAUUUGUGGAAUAGUUUCCAAAUAUAGAAGAUAAUGAAUAUACUACCUUUGU